CAUCUAUCAGUCUCAUUUCUAAGUACAAAGUUGAUUUUGUGAUGAAAAAUUUAGUGAUAUGAAGGACAUAACAUAUUAUUUGGUUGAAACAGAUGUUAAAAGAUACUUUUUUCUUUAGUUUUACUGAUAGAUAGCUAUAACCACCAUCUGUAAUAUAAAAGUAAAUUUAUAACAUGGACUAGGUUCAGACCAUUAUCCUUAGAUACUCCAAAGCCCCUAUUCCCAGUAGCUGGUUUGCCUCUGAUACAACACCACAUUGAAGCAUGUGUUCAAAUGAAGGAUUUGAAAGAGAUCCUUCUCAUUGGAUUUUAUCCCAUGGCGCAGAUACAACCCUUUGUGAAUGAGAUGCAAAGCCAGUACAAGAUCAUUAUAAGAUAUCUACAAGAGUUUACAGCUCUGGGCACAGCUGGUGGGCUAUUUCACUUCAGAGAUCAAAUAAGGUGUGGAAAUCCUGAUGCAUUUUUUGUGCUUAAUGGAGAUGUCUGUGCUGAUUUUCCAUUGGCUGAAUUGUAUCAGUUUCACAAAGAACAACCUACCAAAUGUAACAACACUGCCCGGGUAAGCAAGCAGAGUCAAACACAAUGCUGAAAAGAUCCUUUUUCUACAUUAAUGGCAAAACCUGUCAUCAAGAAAAUAGGUGGCUCUUGUGAUAUCAUCUUGUACUUUUUACAGUAAAAUCAAUUUGAUGCUAAAUAAACAUUUUGUACUUCAAAAUAAUAUGCCUCAUGACACUUUAUGAAUGGGAGAUGAAAAUAGAAUUAUUUCUAUAUUCUAUUUUUUUGACCAUUAUAUUAGUAUUGAAAGCCUUAAAUUACUUGAGGGCACCAAGACCCAUUAGCUUGUAACAACAAGACAGAUAUGGAAAUUGUAGUCUAUAUAAGCCAUAUUUUUUGUCCUCAAAUUCGGCCCUAUUAGGUACCUCAUAGUUUUUUAAUGGCCACAUAUGCUUCUAAUAACUUUUUUCUAUUUUAGGUCACUAUAAUUGCUACAGAGGCUACAAGACAACAAAGUUUGAACUAUGGCUGCAUAGUCGUCAAUAAAGAGACUAUGGAAGUAACUCAUUAUGUGGAAAAGCCAAGUUCAUAUGUUUCGUCUCUGAUAAAUUGUGGAAUUUAUGUAUUUUCACUUGAAAUAUUCCAAACACUUGAAGAAAUGUUUAACAGAAAACAACAAAAGAUAUAUAGUAAUAUGAAUGGAAAUGGGCCAACUGUAAAUGGUAACUCCCCACCUGGAAAUGAUCGUGAUGUAGGGUAUAUACAGUUAGAACAAGAAAUUUUGCAGCCCUUAUCAGGUAGUGGAAGGGUGUUUGCCAUGCCUGUUACAUCCUGGUGGUCACAACUAAAAACAGCAGGAGCGGCAAUAUAUGCGAAUAGACACUAUCUCCAGUUGUAUCGUAGGAAACAUCCUGAAAGACUAGCAAAGCCAUCUGGUGGUGGUGGAGAUGGAUGUACUAUCAUUCCUGACGUUCACAUUAAUUCAACAGCUUCAGUGCAUCAUACAGCUGUUUUGGGGCCCAAUGUGAGUAUCGGUCCAGGAGUAGUGGUAGGAGCAGGCGUUAGGAUCAAAGAAAGUAUUGUACUGGCCAAUGCUAUCAUUGAAGAAAGAAGUCUUGUACUGCAUAGCAUCAUAGGAAAAAAUUCUCGGAUAGGAAAAUGGGCCAGAGUGGAAGGUACUGCUACAGAUCCAGACCCAAAUAAACCAUUCGCGAAAAUGGACAAUCUGCCACUGUUUAGCACUGAAGGAAAACUCAACCCUUCAAUCACAAUCCUAGGGUGUUCGGUGAGUGUUUCAGCAGAAACGGUUCUUUUAAACUCUGUUGUACUGCCUAACAAGGAACUCUCAAGAAGCAUCAAGAAUGAAAUCAUUUUGUAAUUUUAUACAUAUUUAUUUUGCAUCAAGAAAUAUAUUAUAUUAGGGAAGAUCUCCAAAUUAAUAGUAAAGUAAAACUUAUGUGGAACUUUUGCCAGAAUAUUAUUAUAUAUAAUGAAUUUAUUUUUAAAAUAUAUAUACUUUGGUUAUAUUAUUUACAUAUUUUAUGUAUGUUUUUUGUAUCUCA